UACGAGUAUUUGUUGGGCUCUAUGCAUAGAUUAAUAAAUUAUAAGCCGCUUCUCUGAAUGGAGUCGCUCUGAUUACACUCAAAGAAAUUUGGUGCACAGCUAACUUUAAUGUUGAAUAAGUCGUAAAGCCUAUGUAUUUUAAUGUAUAAAAAAUGUUCCAAUGAAGUCAAUUAGAUUUCCAAAUUGUAAAUACAUUUUAAUUGAUUUGAUAUGAAUUACAUGAUAAAAGCAUACUAGUAUUAGCCUAGAGCCACGCAAUUGAAAAUUAGUUUGAGCGUGAUCACCGAUGAUUUAGGAUGUAUACAAAGCUUUUGCUUACUUUCUGGCUAACCAUGCAAUUUGUCAGCAAAACAACUGCCAUGCUUGAGUUUAAAAACAUAAAGUGUGAGUCUGUGGAUAAGGAAUUUUCCGAGUUUGAAUACUGCUAUCUAAAGUCUGUGAACAGGACAUACAAGUAUAUUUCGGUUAAAAUUAAAUUGCUACAAUUGCCAAUAACCAAUGUUAAGGUUAAUGGAGCACUGUACCAACGACUCAAUGGAUACAAGCCCUUUCUGUACAACAUAACAGUGGAUUGUUGCAAGUUCCUCAAGAAUCAGAAGUACAGUCCCAUUGCUAGCUUCUUAUUCGACACCUUCAAAGGAUUUUCGAACAUAAAUCAUUCCUGUCCCUUCAAUCAUGACAUAAUACUGGAUAAACUAACUGCAGAGUCGGUAUAUCACCGUUUUACUAAUAUUCUACCUUUUCCCGAAGGGGACUAUAUGCUUCAAUUAAACUGGUUUACAUCUGGCAUCAAUCGAGGCAUAUUUAAAGUUUUUGUGUCACUCAAAAUUUGAAUAUUUCAACGAUAAUUAUA